AAAGUCUUUAAAAAGAGUAAUGAUUGUAUUAAUAACUAACGAACCUAUAUAUCUUUAUCUGAUUUUCAUAUCGUCAGUUAUGUUCCAAUAGGAAUAAAUAAAAUUAAGACGCAGACGAAGGUAUUUAGUUAUCAUGAAAGCAUUGCAACAGCUGUUAAGUGGAAAUUCGCUGGAUUUUAUACAAUAACUUGACCGUAACCUCCCACAAUUUGGUAUGAAGUAAACAAGAUAAAUUAUUAAUUUUUAUACAAUACAGUUCUAAAUUCUAAGUGGCAAUACAUGGAAUCGACUUAUAACCUCCAAUCUACACCCAAAGGCUACGUUUUGAUCAUCAAUAAUGAGACGUUCACGGAAGGAGAUUACGAGAAGAGAGAAGGCUCGGAAAGGGAUUACGAUGAUCUCAAAUGUUUAUUUAGAGGCCUCGGGUUCAAGUGUAGGAGUUACUACAAUCUCAACUACAAAGAUUUUACGAAAGUGGUUCGUUCUUUCGCGCUGAUGGACGACCAUUGGAAGGUGGACUGCAGCAUCCUCUUCAUCAUGACGCACGGCCAUAAAGACCGGGUGAACCCACACGCGGUGGAUCUCGCAACCACCGACAACAAGUUCGUGUCCACCGAUUGGAUAAAGGAGAAGUUCAAUUCGGAAAACUGCAAACCUUUGAUGAACAAACCGAAAAUUAUGUUCUUUCAAGCUUGCAGGGACAACGGGCACAGCCAAAUGCUAGUGAAAAGACCGAAAAGAUUGCAUGCUCAGGAUGGAGCACAGCCACACAUCAGUGAUUUGCUGGUCAUACACUCCUGUCUGCCAGGGUACGGCGCCCAUAGGAACUCGAAGUACGGAGCAUGGUUCGUUCAAGAGCUGUGCAGCGUUAUCCAGCAGGAGAGCAGCAAUAUGCACCUCAUCAGCAUACUUAACAAGGUGGAUAUGAACCUGCGACAACGUUUCGUGAAGGAGAACGGCAGUUGCUUCCAGGCAGUGUACUUCGAGAACUGGAGCUUCAACAAGCUGCUUUUCCUCAGCGACGAAGCCCAGGGCUUUCACAGGGCAGUCACGACGAUGCUGGAGAUGAGCAACAAGAAGCGGAAAUUGAGGAAGAAGCCGCCGGCUUCUAAACCGCUCAUGAUAACCAAAGGGGAAGUAAAGAAGGCACUGACCGGUGUUAUCGAUAAUGAGGCUAUAAUGGAACUAAGGAGGAAGGAAUUGGAAGACAUUCCUCAGGAAGAAAGAAAAAUAGCUUACCUAAUGAUGUGGGCCAUUAUCAAUGACUAUUUAGCCAAUUUAAUAAAUUUAGAAGAUCGCCUCAUGCGCAGGGCUUCUACUGUCUCUUGCAACCUGUCAGCUAAAGAUCAUCGGAACACAAAGAUAAGAUUAAAUGUCCAUGUAACGUGAAUAAAAUGUAGGAAAAGUCUG